AUGUUGUUGUUGCAAGGUAGUGGUGUUGGUGGUGGUGCUGGUGGUGGUGAUGAUAUAGCCAGUGUUGUUGUCGUUGAGAAGUUGAUGAUGCUUGCUUGCUUGCUUGCUUGCAUUAUUGUUGAUGCACAUAUUUGCUUGACAGGGAAGCUCCCUUCCGAGAUUUCCUUCUUCCCUGCUCUGUUGGAUAUGUUCUUCGGAUUUAAUGAGAAUGGAAGGAGGAAAGCUUGCUUUCAGGAUGAUGAAAGCGUAGGUGGCUUUGAUGGCUCAAGAAAAUGA